GGUCGUGUUUAUAUUCUGGGUUUGGCCCGACAUUGUGUUUUCUUUUGCCUCAUGCCAUUCAUAUUUUGUGGUUGCGUGUGUAUCAUGGUGUGCUUUGCCUGCUUUUUAUGCUUGUGUGAAUUUACCAUGGUCUGUUGUUGGGAUAAAGCCUGAACUGCCGGGUACACUUUGCUUAUUGUCCUUAUUCUGAUUCUCCUUGGCAUCUUUCUAUCAGUGGAGAUCCUUGUUUUCAAAUAGCAGGGAUAGAGGGACAGAAAAGAUAUAUUUGUCGCGGCGCUGCAAGUGUUGCCCCCCUCCUCCCCAAGGGAAAGGUGAAGGAAGGUGCCUGUGUGGUUUUUCUGCAGCUCGCAGCGAGGGUUGCUGUGUUCAACCUGCACAAGAAUGCCAAGAAGUCCUUCUCGGAGACGUAAGCCACGGCGCAUGUUUCUGCCAUGAUUUCCUUCGGUUGGAUUUCGUGGAUUUAGGUGUUGAAAAAUUAUGGGCUGUGGAUGCAGGAUUAAGGACAUGUACCUGCACUACAAUGAGAGAUCUGGGCUGCUUGGCUUCCAAACAUGAAAUGUUUGUUUGGAAGUUAGUUUAUUUUUUGUUAUGGAUUCACAGCUUCUCACAUGUACCAUCCACUUAGACCUUUAAAUUUCCAAAGAAACUAAAUGAAGAUAUGGUGGUAUGGUCUCAAUAGUACAACUUAAACCCUUACAUGCUUUAUAUUUUCUCUGAAGUUUGCUCUUGAAGAAUCAUGUAUCUAUGUUAGAUCUGGUGAGAAAAGGCGGCUUCCAAGAAGAGGAUGUAGGAGUGUUGGCCACAUUUGGUUUUCGACUUGGGUGUCUAAAUAUUCUCACAAUAUUUGGCUCCCUUUCGGCCUUUACGCCAUUGGCGCAACGAGUCAUCUAGUAUGACCAAAGGACAAGAGGGGACCAGCUAUUUCAAGAAAUCAAGGCUUCAGGAAAAAGCUUUGAUUGAGACUAAGCCGGUUCUCCAGAAGAUUGUGAUGGAAAUGUGCGUGGAUCUACUCCAUCCAACAAUGACAAUUGUUGACUUAGGCUGCUCUUCAAGUGACAACACACUCUUCUUUGUCUCCAAUGCGAUCGAAGCGGUCAGCCACCACCUUGAGAAAUUCAGUCUCCAUCCCACUGAGCUUCAGUUCUUUCUCAACGAUUUCCCAGGCAACGACUUCAACCGUGCCUUCCAAUCACUUCAACGAUUCAGGAACUCGAUUGAUAUGGAUCACAAGGGAGAGCCAAUACCUGCUUUCUACAUCGCUGGGUUGCCCAGCUCCUACUAUACAAGACUUUUGCCUCGCGGAAGUGUUCAUCUCUUCCACUCAUCAUAUUGCCUGCAGUGGCGAUCUCGGCUUCCUGAUGGAUUAGAGGGGAAGAAAAGACCAUAUCCCAAUGAAGGAAACAUCGGCAUUGGAGCGACUAUCCCACCCUGUGUGGUGAAAAUGUGUCAAGAGCAGUUUAAGAAGGACAUGUUAUUGUUCCUCCAACUGCGCCAUGAAGAACUAGUUGCCAAUGGACAAAUGGUUCUCACAUUUCUUGGGAGGAAACACGAUGAUGUCUACAGCGCAAGUCUCAACCGUCUAUACGGGUUACUUUCACAGUCUGUACAAUCUCUUGUUGAGGAGGGCCUCGUGAAGAAAGAAAAGCUGGACUCCUUUAAUCUACCUGUGUAUGGGCCAUUGAUGGAUGAAGUUAAGGCAGUGGUCGACCAGAGCCAGCAGUUUGAAUUGACUCACAACAAACUGUUCGAGACCAAUUGGGAUCCUUAUGACGACUCGGAGGGCAAUGAUGUGCAUGACAGUGUCUAGAGUGGGAUUAACGUCGCAAACAGCUUGAGAGCAGUGAUGGAGCCGCUGUUUGCAAGCCAUUUUGGUGACUCUGUCCUCGACGAGCUCUUCAUGAAGUUUGCAUAUAAUGUCGCGUUGCACCUUGUCAAGGAGAAGACCAAGUAGUCUGUCAUUACACUAUCACUGAAAAGAAGAUGAGGCAUAGACGAUCUGUGGUCUUGAAAUUUAUGUAUUUAUUAGUCGCCUACAAAAAUAUAUAUAUGAGUCAUGGGUUGUGUUAUGCGUUGUUGCUGUAUAAUUAGUACACGAAGAGUUCUUUCCAGUACAACAUGGUAUAAUAAUAAGUUCCUC